AGCCCACCGAAGGACCGCUCACCAUUUCACCUCUGCAAUUUUGUACGGUCCACAUUCUGUCUCUCUCUCUCUCUAAUGUUUCGUUGCUUCUGGAGCUUUCACUCUUCAUCUCAUAUCUCUCUUUCAGGUUCAGACAUGGCUCUCUAUCUUGAUUCUUGAGCUAUCAAGUUCGAAUAAUUCAACGACGCACAAAUCUAUUGGUCACCAAUGAGCCUCAAAUCGAAUUUUCUUAACUUUCCCCCAAAUUCUCUGUUAAGACCUCCUCGGAAUUUCUCAAUUCUCCUAAAAAGAACCUUCAAUAUCCGCGAAUAUCGAGAAUGGAGGCGACGAAGAUUCAAAAUCAAUCGAACCCUCGUAGUUCGCAAUCAAUUAGGUCCAUUACCAUUCGAUAAUUUAUUUGAAAACGUGGUUUCUCUGUUUCCUUCUGUGAAUUCAUUAGAUUUGUUAGCUCCGGCGCUCGGUUUUACCUCCGGCCUCGCUCUGUAUCUAUCUCGCCUGAAACCGAAGCAAAAUUUUGAACCUUGUGAUAUCGGAGAGUGGAUAUUGUUCACGAGUCCGACGCCGUUUAAUCGCUUCGUGAUGUUACGGUGUCCCUCCCUAUUGUUUGAGGGAGGUGAAUUGUUGGAGGAUGUGAAUGAGAAGUUGGUGGAGGAGGAUAGACAUUUUGUGAGGUUGAACACCGGGAUGAUUCAAGUGAGAGAACGUGAUGGGAAAGAGAAUUUGUUGGAGGAGAGAUUAGUGUAUCAGAGAGAGUGUGUGGGCACUGAUGAUGGAGGAGUAAUUUCGUUGGACUGGCCGGCGAAUUUAGACUUGACUGAUGAGCAUGGAUUGGAUACAACACUCUUGCUUAUUCCGGGAACAGCUGAAGGGAGUAUGGAUAGGAAUAUUCGGUCGUUUGUGUUUGAAUGCUUGAAGCAUGGUUAUUUUCCUGUUGUAAUGAACCCUAGGGGAUGUGCUGGUUCGCCACUCACCACACCACGGUUAUUUACAGCUGCUGACAGCGAUGAUAUCCGCACAGCUAUACAGUUCGUCAAAAGGGAAAGACCAUGGACAACAUUGAUGGGUGUUGGCUGGGGUUAUGGUGCAAACAUGUUGACAAAGUACCUAGCAGAAGUUGGAGAGAAAACACCUCUUACGGCUGCCACAUGCAUAGACAAUCCUUUUGACUUAGAGGAGGCCACAAAGUCUGCUACUCAUUAUACUUCUGUUGAUCAGAAGCUCAUGAGUGGCUUGAUAGAUAUUUUGCGAUCUAACAAGGAGCUAUUUCAUGGUAGGGGAAAAGGGUUUGAUGUGGAAAAGGCUCUAUUGGCAAAAUCUGUUCGUGAUUUUGAGAGAGAAGUAUCUAUGGUGUCAUAUGGAUUUGAUGCCAUAGAAGAUUUCUAUGCAAAAUCUAGCACACGAGUUGUGGUUGGGAAUGUGAAAAUUCCUGUUCUCUUUAUACAGACUGACGAAGGGACAGUGCCUCUAUUCUCUAUUCCACACAGUUUGAUUGCCGAAAAUCCAUUUACAAGCUUGCUCCUGUGUUCUUGUUUCCCAUCUACAGUUAUUGGAAGUGACAGAUUCACCAUAUCAUGGUGCCAGCACCUCACCAUUGAGUGGCUCACUGCUGUGGAGCUUGGACUUCUGAAAGGUCGUCAUCCUCUUUUGAAAGAUGUAGAUGUUACCAUCAAUCCUUCAAAAGGUUUUGCACUGGCAGAAGGUAGAGCAUCUAAUAAGAGCGACACAAUAAACAGACUCCUGAAUCUUCGCCAAUCAGAUGCUUUAAAUGGGUAUUCGGUAGUGCCUUCGAAGGAGAUGCUUGAAGGAAGUGACAUCACAACUAGCAUCCCUUCAAGAUUCAAGCGAGAUUUACAGAUAAACUUUAAACUUGAAAAAGGACUGCGACAAGAGAACAAUAGUGCGGUACAGCAGACUAGCUCUGUGGAUGCAGAAUUAGUCAAAGAGGGAGUUGGUCCUAUGGAUAGUGUAGACAGUGAAACAGGCAAAGUACUACAGACGACACAAGUGGUUAUGAAUGUGCUUGAUGUAACUAUGCCUGGCACUCUGUCGGAAGAACAGAAGAAGAAGGUUCUGACUGCUGUGGGUCAAGGAGAGACACUAAUGACAGCUUUGCAAGAUGCUGUUCCUGAAGAUGUUCGUGGAAAGCUUACAUCUGCUGUUUCUGGAAUUUUGCAUAACCAAGGGACUAAUUUAAAUUUUGACAAACUGUUGAAUGUCAGUCAGAUUCCUAAUAUGGCAUCAGCGUUAAAUCCCAAGUUCCAAGAACAAGGCGGAGGACUAUCCAAUACAGAAGGUGGGCAUGAAGAUCCUCAUUCAUCAGAGCAGCAGGAAAGGGUUAAUGACCUGGCAGAUGACUCUAAUAAGAAUCAACCUAACACAGAUAAGUGUGCUGGGGGAGUAGGACCAGAGCUUCAGGCUUCUGAGAAUUUGCAAGAAUCCAUUGAUAAAGAUCAGUUUCAAUCAACAGGUAGUCACAGUAGUGAUAUCAGUGAUUCAGUAAAGAAGGAUGACAAUGAAUUUGAUAAUAACCAGGUAGUUAUUGAGAAUACUAUACAGCCAGGUGAAGAAAAUAUUACAGAUUCUUCAUAUGAACAAAAUAAAACAAUAUCUUCAACCAAGGAGGAAGGAAACUCCUCUCCAGUAUCCUCUCCUGAGACCGAAUUGACAGAAAGGGAGGGCAGUGAUAAUCAGAAAAGGGAAGAAAAAACUUUGCAGCCUGUUGUGAAUCAAGAUAGUCCUGAUUCCCCAACCUUCGGCGUUUCAGAGGCAUUAGAUGCCUUGACAGGGAUGGAUGAUUCCACCCAAGUGGCUGUUAACAGUGUUUUUGGUGUAAUUGAAAAUAUGAUUACUCAGUUGGAGGAAAAAGAAAAAGAAAUUGAAGUUAAAGAUGGAAACGAGAUCAAGGACCAGAAAACUGUGUUUCCGUCUGAGAAUAAUCUCAUCAUUGGUGAUGAGAAGUUGGAAGAGAGAGAAGAAAAUAAUGACGACAUGAUUCUACCAUCUGAUAAGUUAGAUGCUCCUCCAUGUAAUAUAAUGGAUUUACAGAAUCAUGCAAGAACGAGAUGGGUAGAAGGGAAACCUAUUAAACACCCCAUAUCGUUUGACAGGAGCAUUAUUGAUAGUUCUCGAGGAAGUGAUACAGCUAGCCACAUAGGUGAGCAGAAAAAUGAAAUGAAGGAACAUUUGGGUGGUCAAAAACUUUUGGCAAAAAGAUACUUCAAUGAUAUUAAACCAUACAUGAUUACAAAUCCGUUUGGAGACGCAUGUUAUAAGGAAUACCUCCGAAAAUAUCUUUUGUCAAAUAUGGCAAGUACCAAACCACUAGAUUUAGAUAAAACUACUGCUUUAUUUCUUGACUAUUUUCCAGAAGAAGGUCUAUGGAAGCUUCUGGAACAACCAGGAAACAGUAAAAUUCCUAUUGGUGAUGGUGCAACUCUUGAAGGUGUUGAAAUAAAGGUUCAAGCUCAUUCAACUUCAAAAGCAAAUUAUACAGGUGAAAUUAUUGAACCAUCAUAUGUAAUAUUAGAUGCUGAAAAACGACAGGAACCAGUUGCAGAAUCUGAGGCUGUGGAUGAACUGAAUCAAAAAGUUGAGGUUGGUGAUACAUCAGUGGAGUUAAUGAGCUUGGUUAAAAAAAUUAUAUUGCAUUCUUUGAAUGUUGAAGUUGGUCGGAAGCUAAGUUCAGGUGACAUGAAGGAAAUGGUACCCGAUCUUGCCAGAGAUUUCGAACUCAUCGCAGAUGCUGUGUCACUGGCUGUAGGACGUGGCAAGGAGCGUGUAUUGUUUUUGGAUGGUAAGGAUUGUACUUCAGAAAAAGUUGGCACUCUUAAUGGAGAGCACAUCAUAAAGGCUAUUUCAAUUGCUGUCCAGGAAACCAGUUAUUUGAGAAGAUUGCUGCCAGUUGGUGUCAUUGUAGGCUCUUGCUUAGCUGCUUUGAGAAAAUUCUUUAUUGUAGCCACAGUGAAUGGCAAUGGCCAACAUGAAGCUUUGGUGCUUGAUCAAGUCAAUUCUGGGGAAAGGAAUCGUGUUCACCAUGAAAUAGAGAUUAAUCAAUUCCCUUCUGAUAAGAUUGAUCAUAAUUAUGAUUUGCAGAAUUCAGAGGAAGCUGAAUCAAAAAAUCUAAACAAUGACGCUGUCAUGGUUAGUGCUGUUUCUGCUGCUCUGGGGGCAUCUGCUUUACUGGUGCAUCAACAGGAUGCACGUAAAGGUAGUGAAACAGCUGAAACUUUGUCAGUCUCCUUCAAGAAAGAAAGUUAUCCGGAGCCUGACAAGCUUGAGGUGGAAAUGUCUGAAAAAAGCCAAAAUAACCUAGUCACAAGCCUUGCAGAAAAAGCCAUGUCUGUAGCUGGUCCUGUGGUACCUACAACAGAAGAUGGUGAAGUGGAUCAAGAAAGGUUGGUUGCAAUGUUGGCAGAAUGGGGACAGAAGGGUGGCAUGUUGAGGCUGGUUGGUAAAGUUGCUCUGCUCUGGGGCGGUUUUCGUGGUGCUAUGAGUUUGACUGACAGGCUUAUUUUGUUUCUGCGUCUUGCUGAACGCCCCUUGUUCCAGAGGAUUCUCGGGUUUGUCUGCAUGGUUCUUGUUUUAUGGUCACCGGUUGUUGUCCCCUUGCUUCCAACACUUGUAAGGAACUGGGCGACACAUACCUCCAGCAAAAUUGCUGAGCUUGCUUGUAUUUUUGGCCUCUACACCUCUAUUAUGAUACUUGUUACGUUGUGGGGCAAAAGAAUUCGAGGGUAUGAAGAUCCGCUUCAGCAAUAUGGGCUGGAUUUGACUUCAUUGCCAAAGAUCCAAUUUUUUCUAAAGGGUUUGAUUGGAGGAGUAAUGCUUGUUUUAUCAAUACAUUCUGUAAAUACAUUACUGGGUUGUGUUCGUGUAUCUUGGCCUUCCACUCUUCCAUCAUCUUCUUUAGAUGCUGUGACGUGGAUCAAAGUGUAUGGGCGAAUGCUUAUACUAGUUGGUCAAGGACUCAUAACAGCAACAGGUGUUGCAUUGGUGGAAGAAUUGCUUUUCAGGUCAUGGUUGCCUGAUGAAAUUGCAGCAGAUCUUGGAUAUUAUCGUGGAAUUAUCAUUUCAGGAUUUGUGUUUUCCUUAUUUCAGAGGUCUCCAUGGGCGAUACCAGGACUAUGGCUGUUAUCACUGGGUUUGGCAGGGGCACGGCAAAGAAGCCAGGGUAGCCUCUCUCUCCCCAUCGGUUUGCGUGCAGGGAUAAUGGCUUCAAGUUUUGUCUUACAACAUGGUGGUUUCUUGACCUCUCAGCCCAAUUUUCCACGGUGGGUAACCGGUACUCACGCAUUCCAACCGUUUAGCGGGGUUGCUGGUAUUGCUCUCUCUUUAUUGUUGGCAAUAGUUCUCUAUCCAAGGGAGCCUCUCCAUGAGAAGCCAAAAAACAAGGACCAUUCUGGAAUUAGAGACUACACAAUAAGGUAACCGAAGGCAGAAUAUGAAGAAGGUAUGCUGCUGAAUAUUCAGUGGUUUAAGAUGCAGUGUGUUAAGACUUGGAAAGGCUCGGUGCUUCAUGUGAACUAUUAAUUAAUAUUCAGUCCGAGUUUGCCUGCUGUGAAAGUAGUACAGAGAAAAUGAGAGUUACAAAAAUGGGGAAAGGGGAAAAGAAAAAGAAAAGAAGAGUAAAGAAAGAAAGCAAAUACAAGAUCAAAAAGGACAUUGUAGUUUCAAGGCAUCCUCAAGUGCUUAAAUUGUCAGUGGCCAGGGAAUUCAUUGUAUUGUACAGUCAGGAAAUACCAAAGAUGUAAUGUAAGGCGGUUUUUUGUAACCGGGAGAGUAAACGUGAAGAGUAAGCUGUAUAUAGUUUAGCUGCAUCGGUGUACAGAAGGUUUCUCUUGCCUUCUAUUUUUUUCCCUUUGCAAGAGCCGCGAGGCUUGAGGCUGGUUUAUGUACUGUAAAUGUUCCAGUAACUGGUAACCCCUGAAGCAAAAUGGGGCAAUUAUUGAAAUAGAAAAAAAUAGCGUCAAUGAACGAUGCUGAUGUCAAGUUUGUGAAUGC